AUGCGCACCCCAACUUGGCAGAAUUAUCUAUUCGCUGUCGAAGCACUAAUUACUCUGCCGCUGUAUACGACUCUGACAAUUUUCAUUAUAAGUUGGAGAAAAAGAAAUUCCGUUUUCCGGUCGGCGUACUAUACGAUCACUUUGGCCCAGGUUGGCCCGAUCAAAUAUUCCUCAUAAGGGAAAAUAUUCGAAGGCCAAAAAUUUCGACCCAGAAAUUACUGGUUUCAAUAAGCCGAAAAAAAUUUGAAAGCCCGUUCAACAGAGCAACCCUAAAAAUUGGAAUUUGGUAUUUUAGGUAAAUAAUUCAAAGCGAGAAAACGGGUAUUUUAACGAACCUGUUUUCUAUGAUUAUUAAAACCAUUGCCUCAAGACUAACAUCACGGCUGGGGAAAACAUUCAAGAUUCUGAAUGUCGAAAAAAUGCCUUCUUCAGGCUUUGCCCGACUUUCUCAUCAUAGUGACCUAUUCGAUCAUAUACACGGCAAGAUUUCUUCACAUCGGCAACGAGUUCAUAUUCAAGCAUCAAGACUUUUUCUUUGCCAACUACAUGAUGAGCCAAGCUACUGUUCUUCUGAUAAUGAAGGCGCUCGCCGUGACGGGAAUCGCGUUUCAAAGAUAUCUAUCUUUGUGUUGUCACACCAGCUGGUUGCACCAGGUCUGGAUUAUCCAACUCAAAACUUUAAAAAAAACGCUCGAAAAUUCAGAAAAUUAAUCGAUGUCCACCUUGGAUUUUCUACCUCUUCAUAUGGGGGGCUCCCGUUUUGAUCUGCGCUCCAAUUUGGCUCAAUGAUAAUGCAAAAUUCACCGACUCUGACGAUCUUAACUUCAUUACACCAGAGGAUGUCGCAAAGGUGAUGAAUGAACUUAGAAAAAAAAAAUGAAAACAUAGAUCUCGUCGGUCAUCUCAUUGCUGACGCUAACGCCGAGUUUCUGCGCGGUCGUUCACUUUUAUAUCAGGAUUUUUAAACAUUUGAUCAUCCAUAACGGAACUUUGAAAGGGUGGACGAGAAAAAAGUGGUUUUUUAACUCUCUGGGUUAUCAUUUCAGGGCUACUGAUAAAAAACUCAACCGAGAGCUGCGCCUAAGCUUACAAGUUUUCCCACUUGUUUGCUGUUUCACUGUGAUUUAUGCCACCUUUAUUGCUGCCUUGGUUCUCACCGUACUGAAAAGGGUUUCGAAAUAAGAAAAUGAACGUUCCGAUCAAGAAAACUUCCAGGCGGACCUGUUAGCGGGUUACUUGUUUACAAACUACGCCCUGACAGUGAGCAACUUCGCGUUCAUCAAUCCGUGGACCCUAUUGAUUCUUAACACCGAUGUUCGACGCAAUCUCCUUGGUUCUCUCAAAAUCAACUCUUUUGUGAGUUUCCGGAGUUUUCGAUUGAUUUCUAGACACAUCAAUGUUUACAGGAUAAUUCCAGUCGGCCGGCUAUCAAGUCUACUCGAGUUGAAACAAUCUCAACCCGAGCUGCAUCAACUUGA